CCCGCCCCGUGAGUCGACGCACGGCGACAGCGAUGGGGCCGGGCGGCUGCGUGGCGUGGCGGCUCGCGGCUUUUCUCUGGCGUGGGGCCGCUUUCCCGGGAGCGUGGGCCGCGGCCGACGCGGCCCCCCGGCCUCGGCUGCUGGCGGUGGGGCGGCUUCCGAGGGGACCAGCGCUCGGCUGGGCCAGUCUGACCUCCGACCGCGCGCGCGGCCUGCACGGCGGGCCUGGCCUGGAGGAGCGGGCGGAGGGGACAGCCGGCGAGGAGCGCCCGGAGUCAGGCACAGCAGAUCAUACUGGUCCCAAGUUUGACAUUGACACGCUGGUUUCUCUUCUGAGGCAAGAAAAUGCAAGAGACAUUUGUGUGAUCAGGGUUCCUCCGGAAAUGAAAUACACGGAUUACUUUGUGAUUGGUAGUGGAACUUCCACUCGACACUUACAUGCCAUGGCCUACUACAUUGUGAAAAUGUACAAAUACCUGAAAUGUAAAAGUGAGCCUCACGUUAAGAUUGAAGGGAAGGACACUGAUGACUGGCUCUGUGUGGACUUUGGUAUCUGGAAAAUGAAGCUGUAUUUGGGGCACAUUACAGAUGAGGAAUGAUCCAUAUUCGGUGAGUACAAAACAAUUACAGAAUUAUUCCCUAGUAUUACCAGAUACUCCAUUACCAAUGCUUAAUUGAAAGUAAAACAUGAUUUGCCACACUAGAAGGCUAGAAGUGAAAUAUGACAGAAUUUCAACAGGCAGAUAUAAAUGUAGCACCUAUCUGUAUUAAGAAAAAAAGUUGGAAAAAUCAAAUACUGAGGAAGAUCUCUGGCCUUAAGCACAUUUCACCUGAAAUCCAACCAGAAAGCCAGUCCAUUAUUAAUUUUUUUAGCAAUUCGUUGUAUGAAAAAAAAUUAUGAAUGCUAUAUGAAUUCAGUGACAAAAAGGGCACUUUUUGGCUAAAACUACAAAAUAAACUGGUUUUCUGAAAACAUUUAGAAAAACAUUUCAAGUCAUUUUCAAAAUGUCUAACUGAUAGGGUGAUCCUCAGAAAAACUUACUUAGUCUGUGUAGAAAUUCAUCUUGAAAUACGAAUGAGGCAAAUGAUUUUUAAAGGAUUAUUAUAUACCCUUCAGAUCAGUAUAAUAUGAUGACUGUGAUUAUUUAAUGAACAAAAGCAACACAGAAACAAUUCUGAGAGCUGUGUGGCCUUGUAGACCACCCACACCCACAUAAUUGUACAUACCAGGCUAUGCUAUCAAGUUAAGGAAUGGGCAAAUGAGUUUAGUAUCAAAGAUCAAAUGUUUUAUCACAGUCAUUCAAAUUAUAUUCCAAAAAUUGUUUUCUUGUAUUUUUCUACCUUUUGACUUAUUUUCAAAUGACUGGUUGCAGAGAAUACAGAAAUCCUGCUGCAUUUUAGGUAGCCUUUCAUUUUCCUUGGUUUAUCAUUGCUUAAAAGUCUUCCACAUAGCUUAGUGAGGCUCAUGACAGUGCCUGGCACAUGGAGAUGUAGCCUUUUUAUUGCCUUUGAACACUGUCACACCAUCUGACUGCCCAGUUGGUCUUCACAAAGCAACUCUUUUGAGGUCUGCUCAAAGCGAAGACCAACUGGUCUGAAGUGUAUUGGCAAGCUAAACAUCCUGUAAGGCAAGCUAAAGCUUUCUUCUUGCCAAUCGGUUUAAAGUCCACAGGGGCUGCAUCUCUUCUUUGAUACACUUUCUUUAGGUAGUGAUAGUCAAAAGCACAAAGCAUUUAUGCAUUCAGUCACGUAGCCAAACAAAAAAACUGAAGUCGCCUGAAGCCAUUUAAAACUAGCUGUUCCAAAACCUCUUGCAACCACUUUACUCUGUUAGUACCAUCAAAAACUUACCUACCAUAAACAAAAAUACACGGUAUUGCUGCUCUCCAAAUAUAGGCACUGCUUCCUAUCUUUGAACAUUUAUUGGAUUUUCCAACUAAUAACUGUCAAAAGCCUCAAAAAACCUUAAAUUAAGUUUCCAGCUUUAUUGUCAACCAGCCAGAAGUAAAAAUUUUUAGUUACUUGCCUGUUAGCUAAUUAAAGUUUAUUUUUUAAAAAACAGUUGGACUUCUCUUUAUAAAGUAUAUAAAAUUUUCAAAAAAAAAA